AUGGGGAAACCUACUUCCCUCCCUGUCCGUGAUUUAAAACCGGAAAAAAAAAAAAAAAGGGCAUCCCAACCUCAUGAUACUUCAUCCACUGUACCUGUUGUUAGUCAUUUUACAAACAACAUUAAUAGUAAUGAGACUACAGUGGCAACAACUGAAUCUGAGCCACUUAUAAAGAGACAAAAACAACUUUUAUUGUCAAAUAGAUUUGGAGCACCGUCAGAACUACAAAUUAAAGCGUUUUACGAAGCAAUUGUGAGAAUGAUAGCAGAGGACUUGCAACCAUUAUCAAUUGUGGAAAAUGAAGGAUUUAAAAAUAUGGUGAAUUUAUUGGACUCUAGGUAUAAAAUUCCUAGCAGAAGGGCACUUGGUAGAACUAUAAUACCUAAUAUGUAUACAAAUGUCCGAAAUAAGGUUCAGACUCUUUUAAAUGAUACUAGUUAUAUUGCCAUUACUACUGAUAUCUGGACAUCAAUUAAUACAGAUUCUUUCAAAACUAUGACUGCACAUUUUUUUCCAAAAGAACAAAGUAAACUGAAAACAGUUGUCCUGUGUACAAAAAAAUUAGAACACAGUCAUACUGGUGCUCAUUUGGAUGAAAUAAUGACCAGUGAAUUGAAUAGUUGGGGUAUUCUAGACAAAGUAGUGGCAAUCGUUACUGAUGGUGGGUCUAACAUCAAGUCAGCUGUUAGGUUAAUGGAUAUUCAGCACAUUCCUUGUACCGCCCACAAACUUAAUCUUGUAGUUCAACAAGCUCUAUAUCUCGGUGAAGAACAUUCAGCAGGAGAAGAAAUAAAUGAACUUCACGAUUCAGAUAAAAUGAAACGGAUCUUAAAAAAAUGCCGAAGUAUUUUAGGUUUUUUUAAGCGUAGUGAAGUUGGAAAUAGAAUCUUGGGGGAAAAACAAAAACAACUGGGCUAUACCCAAAUCUUGAAACUAAAACAAGAUGUUCGCACAAGAUGGAACAGCACUUUAAUUAUGUUUGAGAGGCUGGUGAAGUUAAAAGAACCCCUCACAAUUGUCAUGAUAUCACUAAAAGAAGCUCCUUCAAACCUUACACCUGAAGAAUGGGUUAUUGUUGAAGACAUUAUACCAUUGUUACGACCAUUCAAUAGAGUUGUACCUUUGAUACGAGGAUUACAAACUUCAUUAUGCUCUAAAAGUCCAAAAACAUCUGUUGGAAGAUUUAUAAAAUCUAACUUGGUGACACAAGUAAAUAGGCGUUUUGAAGGGACUGAAGAACAAUCACCAUUUCCAUAUUUUUCUCGUGCAACCCUUUUAGACCCGAGGUUUAAAAAAGCUGCUUUUGGAGUUGAACAAAAUGCAUCUGAAGCUGAGACUGCUGAGAGUAGCAUUAUAUCGGAAAUAGCAAGUUUAACACAUACUACUUUAGAUGCUGAUAUUUUUUAUAUGAUAGUAAAUAUAAAACGUGAAGUUACUACUGAGCAAGUUGAAGAGGACUCAGAAAAUCUUUGGAGCUUUUUGCAAAGUAGAGUGAACAGUGUGCAGGGUCAAACAACAUCGACCAGUAGUGCUAUUACUUUGAUGAAACAGUACUUGCAUAUGUCUUAUCAAAAUUUGAACUGUGAUGUAGCUGAAUGGUGGCUUAGCCACAAAUCUGUACUUCAUCCUCUGAGCGAAGUUGCAUUAACAUAUGCCAUGAUUCCUGCCACAUCUGUUCCUUCAGAAAGAAUAUUUUCUAAAACAGGACAACUAAUGAGUAUUUCCAACUGGUUUGGAGACAUGUCAAGUGUCAACCUAUUUAUCCAACUGGUUUGGACUUGGAGUAUGGAAACACAUUAA